CACCAAAACAGAACAUUUUCCCCUGAAAUUUUCUUUCUUUCUUUCUUUCUUUCUUUCUUUCUUUCUUUCUUUCUUUCUUCUGUUUUCUAAAAUGGAGAAACGUCCGAACGACGCAGCUCCGGCACCCAUGUCACUGGCGCCAACAACUUUUGUCCAAGCAGACACAACCACCUUCCGCGACUUGGUCCAGAAGCUGACUGGAUUAGCCAGCGGCGCUGACAAGCUUCCCCUGACUUCCCCUGCAAGAUGUUCCAAAUCCUUACUUCCCCCAGGCGAUCCAACCGGCCCUCGGCGAUCACCUUUCAAGCUCCAAGAACGGAGGCAGCAUACUCUUAGGAAGCUGGAGAUCAAAAUGGGUCUUACCUCUCUCAGCAAUUCAUCACCGCCGACAACAACCCAGUAUCCAUUCGUGUCUCCAAUUCCCAGUCCGGUGACUCCGCUGUUGGAGUUUCCAUUUUUCCCGACUCCCGGAACAGAAUCGCCGUCAUCUUCAGCAGUAUCGGAGGAAGAGAAAGCGAUUGCGGAGAAAGGGUUUUACUUGCAUCCAUCGCCAUUGAAUACGCCUAGAGGAAGUGACCCACCAGAGCUUUUGACUCUGUUUCCCCUGAGCUCACCGAGCCAGGAAACUCGAUCAGAAAUAUCUAGCAUUAGGAAGUAGAAUUUUUUACGUUGUUAACUGAGUUUGGAUGAAUAAUUAAUUCAUCGCAAAGAGUUGAAAUUUUGUCCCCCCCUCUUUUUUCUCUUCUUAUUUUCUUUUAUGAAAUACUUGAAUGUUUCUUGAUCACCGAAUCACCUAUUCACCGUAUAUACAUAUAGUUAACAAAAAUUUCACCUUAAU